GUACGAAUAAGAACAAGGCAAUGAAAAUCAAAAAAUCAACUGUAAAAGUUUUUGAUCUCGAAUCCUGCUUCUUAAAAAGUGAGACAGUUUAUUGAAUGAUUAUGCAAAGGAUUCUGAUUAUUAUUUUUAUUGAUAUUUCCAUUUUGGCAUUAAUAAAGAAAUGAUUAAGAAUAGAAUUAGAACAAAAGCCCAUCAACAUGGCGAUAUGAUGAAAAAGUACUGAUGCAUAUGUUACUAAAUAAAGCCGCAAUGUAUUUAUCUACGAUUUAAGAAGAUGAAUAGAGAAAGUCCAAAAUUGAUUUUUGAUAUUAAUCAUGUAAUAUAAUUUUAUAGGGAUAGUGUAGAUAAGAAGAAAACUAAGUUAUGGGCACUUAGAAGUAGAUUGUUAUAAUCCUGAAUAUUCAAUUCAAAUUCAU